AUGUCUGAACAAGAUAAAGGAUACUACGGACAACAACCACCACCACAAGGAUAUCCAGCACAACAACCGUAUCCUCCUCAGAAUCAAAGCUAUUAUAAUGCUUCGCAAGCACCGCCACAAGGAAACUAUCAACCAACACCACCACCACAAACAAUUAUAGUUCAAGAGCCACCACGACAAAAGAAGGAUGAUAAUAGUUUAUGUUUAGGAUGUGCCCUCGGUGCGUGUUUAUGUUGCUGUGUUGAAGAAUGCUGUGGUUAA